AUGCCUAAAGCCAAUCAAUAUAAACCCGUCCCCCCCUCUGAGGAUCUGCGGCCAUUUAUUGCAAAGUACUGGAAACAAAACAAGAGCGAUGUGGAGAUUCUCGCACUACUCAAGAAGCAUCAUAUCGAUCUAGCAAAAUACGGUCUAGAGAUUGCUACGUUUUGCAAAAUUCGAGAGAAUUUGGGAUUUCUUCGUGCUCGGAGACAGGGUCACACGGUUGAGUCCAUUGCUGGAGCAAUCACUAAGCUUCGGGUCACGUACCCAAAGGCUGGUGGGCGAGAGAUGGUCAGUUUACUGUUUCACGAGGAAGAAAUCAAUGUUUCACGCAAGACUGUAAUGCAGUAUUUCCAUAUCUAUGAACCUGACCUUGUUCGCGAGCGUCGUCGUGGUCAUUUCAAACGCAAGAGAUUCUGGGCAGCUGGCUCGAACAAUGUCUGGGCUGUAGAUCAACAUGACAAGUGGAAAUACAAAUUUGGUCUCGCUCUCCACACCGGGAUCGAUCCAUUCCUAGGCCUGAUUCAUUGGAUGAAGAUUUGGUGGAAUAAUAACAACCCAAGACUCAUUCUGAGCUAUUAUCUCGACGCAAUUGAGACCAUCGGAUUCAUGCCUCUCGUGACUCAAAGCGAUCCUGGUACAGAGAAUAUUGGUAUUGCAAAUGGACACACACAACUGCGGCAUUAUCAAGAUCAGUCACUCGUUGGUACAUCUCAACACCGAUGGAUGAGACAGAAGAAGAACGUUAUGCCCGAGAUCACUUGGAGCCAACUGCGCCGUCGAUUCACACCUGGCUUUGAGGACAUACUCGAAAUCGGAGUCAACAAUGGUUGGUAUGAUCCUGGAGUGCUUAUCGAAGCUCUUAUUUUCCGUUGGGUGUUCAUCCCCUGGCUCCAAGCCGAACUUGAACUCUAUUGCAACCGCAUCAACAACACUGCUAAACGCCAUGAUCGUAACAAGAUUCUUCCUCACGGUGUUCCAAACCAUAUGUUCGAAUACCCAGAGGACUAUGCAAUUCUUGAUUUCAAGAUCAAGAUUGAUCCUGAGGGUGUUCACAAGGUUCGAGCUAUGUACGCUCCUCCUGAUCACAAGAUAUUUCACCUUGUUCCUCCCGAAUUCCAUGACAUGAUCUCUGGGAUUUAUAAAAGUAUUGGUGAGCCAAGUGUCAACAGAGAGUCAUGCUGGGACGUCUACCUCCAGUUGCUUUCUGAAUUCCGGACGCUUGAUGAGAUUCACGGUGUGGAUGUCAGCGCUAAUGGGAAUGUUGAAGCUUGUUUGUAUUAG